CGUGUCUCCCUCCACGCUCCCUGCUGCAAUGAGCUUCUUCAGAAGUUUCCUGCCGCCUGGCUCGGCUGAGGGGCUUCAGCAGCAGCAGCCAGAGACCGAGGCUGUGCUGAACGGCAAGGGCCUCGGCACCGGCACACUGUACAUCGCUGAGAGCCGCCUGUCUUGGUUAGAUGGCUCUGGAUUAGGAUUCUCACUGGAACCUACCAUUAGCUUGCAUGCGGUGUCCAGGGACCUAAAUGCCUAUCCACGAGAGUAUUUGUAUGUUAUGGUGAAUGCCAAAUUUGGAGAAAAAAUCAAAGAAGAAGAAGACAGUGAUGAUGAUGCUGAACCUAUUGCUGAAUUCAGAUUUGUGCCUAGUGAUAAAUCAGCAUUGGAGGCAAUGUUCACUGCAAUGUGUGAAUGCCAGGCUUUGCAUCCGGAUCCUGAGGAUGAAGACUCAGAUGAUUAUGAUGGAGAAGAAUAUGAUGUGGAAGCACAUGAACAAGGGCAGGGAGACAUCCCUACAUUUUAUACCUAUGAAGAAGGAUUAUCCCAUUUAACAGCAGAAGGCCAAGCCACAUUGGAGAGAUUAGAAGGAAUGCUUUCUCAGUCUGUGAGCAGCCAAUAUAACAUGGCUGGAGUCUGGACAGAAGACUCAAUAAGAGAUUAUGAAGAUGGGAUGGAGGUUGACACUACACCAAUGGCUGCUGGACAGUUUGAGGAUGCAGAUGUUGAUCAUUGAAAAUGAUUUAUGCUGCUGUGGGAUUCUGCUCAUAACUAGGAAAGAACUUGGUGCCUCUUCUACUGUGGAGUGGGUGUUGAUGGAAGUCUUUUUCCUUCUCCAAAACUUACCUGAACCAGUUCUUUUUUGAGACAGACUAUACGAGACAAAAAGUUGUCACCAGCAGAAGAAACUAUGACCUUUAUUAACAAAGGUGAAUUAACUUAACCAAGAGGGAUUUGUAGUUUAUCAUCUACCCCAAAAUUCCUGUGUAUAGGUACCCUCAAAGUAGACCUUUGGUUCCAGCCUUCACUAUAUGCAUCUUAUGUAACCUGGUAGGUCUACCUGGUAAGAAUGUGCAGGUGCUUGAAGAUGUAGGUAGACUGGAUGGGAAGGAGGGAGGCUGAAUCUAAGAUAAACCCUUUUAGAGCCUAAGGAUCCCAUUACCCCUUAAAAAGAAA